AUGGCUAAAAGGAAUAAAACCAGGAUCAAACCCAACAAAAGACGCCAUAAUGUCAAGCGAAAAUUUUCCAUCAAAUUACAAUGUAUACAGAAACGACAGAGGGACCCUUGGAGGGGCGUAUUUGUACUUGUUGAGAAAUCCAUCACAUCAGUCGAACAAACUUCCUUAAUCACUGACGGAGAAAUUGAAUGGGUAAAGAUCAAAAUAAAAAACAACGAAGACUUGCUAGUUGGAUCUUUUUACAUGCCACAUAGAGAUCAAAAACACCUAAAUGAACUGCAAAAGUCACUCGAGAAGGCCAGAACUAAUGGAAACACCAAUGUCAUACUAUCAGGAGAUUUCAACUGCCCUGACAUCAUAUGGGAGACAGCAACAACUCUAGGACCAGACAGAGAAAUCCAACAAGGACUAGAUGAUAUAGCGGAAACAUACAACCUGACACAAAUACACACUAUGCCAACUCGUGAAGGAAACCUCCUAGAUCUUGUAUUUGUUACAAACCCAACUCUAGUAAAAUCCUUAAAUAACGUACCAGGCAUAUCAGACCAUGAUAUUAUCAUCCCCGACCUGGAAACAAAAGUACACCAUCAAAAAAACUUACCAAGAAAAUGUUAUAUAUAUAAGAAGGCUAAAUGGGACCAAAUUAGCAUUGACCUUAAACACACCCUAGAAGAGAUCAAAGAAAAACAUCAUCAAGGAGCUGAGGUACAUCAACUUUGGGACACCUUCAAAAGUCAGCUACAAAAAACAAUGAAUACAAACAUUCCAAAUAAAGAAAUAAGAUCAAGAAAUAACAUCCCAUGGAUCAAACACAAACAGAGGAAACUGCUAAAGAAAAAACAGAGGCUAUACAAACAAGCCAGAAAAACAAACAAAAGGUCAAAUUAUAGGUCUUUUCAAAAGGAAUGUACGAAACAACUGAGGAAAGCAGAAUAUGAAUACGUCAACCAAAUCAUAUUUGAGGGCCUAAACAACAAUGACACAAAGCCGUUUUGGAAGUACAUUAAAUCCAAACGCCAGGACUCAGGAGGAAUAGCACCAUUGAAAAGGGAAACUAGUCUUGUCAGUGAUAGUAAGGGGAAAGCUGAACUCCCACUAGAACAAUUCAAGUCCGUAUUCAAAAUAACAACAGACACAAACCUACCAACAACAAAAAUACGAGCUAAAAUCAACAUAACACCAUUAACGAUCGACCAAAAGGGACUGGAAAAACUAUUGAAAAACACCAACCCAAACAAAGCCUCUGGACCAGACAACAUCCCAAACCGUAUACUCAAGGAAUGUGCUGAACAACUAGCACCCAUCCUGCAAAUAAUAAUGCAAUGCUCGCUAGACACAGGUGAACUACCAAAAAGACUGGAGAGACGCGAACAUAUCCAGUAUCUUCAAAAAAGGAGACAAACAUCUAGCAGAAAACUACAGACCUGUAUCAUUAACAUCUGUCAUCAGCAAAAUUUUAGAACACAUCGUAUGCAGGCACAUCCUAAAACAUCUGAAAAAAAAACAAAAUCCUAA